CUGGGGCUUUCCCUCUGCUGCCCUUAGGGAGAUCUCGGCGACUUUCCCUCGCGGAGGUUGGUGAUGGCAUCCGAACGCGAUCCUGGUUCAGGCUAUCGCUGCUUUGCAUUUGACCACGCUCCCGAAUGAGGCGCAUUUCCCAUUGAGAGGUCCUUGCUGCCCUUCCCGGCAAGACUAUCGAGCCUUCUCCCAACCUCACCCUCCAACCAUCCGACAGUAUGCUGUGGAGCCGGCCUUCAAAUGUUUGAUUGGGUGCACGCUCAUGGGCCUUCAUCUCAGCGACAGCGCCGUUCCACCCUCCAAGAGCAUGUAAGAGCAUUGUCGACUCAUAGAAUGUGCCCGCCAUGUCCCUAUCUGGUGCCAGCAAUACAGAGUACACUGGUGUGUAUACGCGAACCGGCUGCUAAUUGCGCCUUCUCAGCUGUGUGUUCCUGGGCUGCCAGAAAGGACAUCUGGCUCCGCCCCAGUCAUCUUUGUCGCUGUGGUAGUUUCCCGAGGGAAAAGAAGCCUUGGUGAAGGUCCAACCGAGCUUAAGUAACGAGAAGUCUUCAUUCGCCCUUGGAAAAACAAAACCCGACUUCUUCCCAACGACAAAUUGGUGAACACACCGAGACCAACUGGUCUAGCGCCCGAAGACGUUACCAAAUAUCGGCAAUGGACAAUCCAGAGGUUUUGUCCAUUUAUGACCAACAAGUCAGCAUUUUCCGCCGGGUUGAUUGCGACCGCGACCGGAUGAUCCAGGACCUUCUGGGCAAAUACAACCAGCUUCAACAGGGGUAUAAGAAGGUGUGCGAUGACUUGAGUAACGAGGUUGAAUCGCGUCGCAUGUGGCAAACCAAAGCCAACAAUUUAGGCAAAGAGCUAGCUUCCCUAACCAAGGCUCAUGAAUCCAGCCCGUUCAUCUAUGCAAUUAUUGACGGCGAUGGCGCGAUUUUUCAAGAGGCUUUAUUAGAAAAAGGCGCUGAAGGCGGCGCCGAAGCCGGGUAUCUCCUGUCUUCAGAGAUCAAAACCCAAAUUACCAAUGCCCAUCCCAACGCUGCUAUCGAAGACUGGAGCAUCAUCGUGCAGGUAGUCCUCAACAUAGAUGGACUAGCCAGGAGGCUCCAUGCUUCCCAUAUCAUACCAAAUACUCCAACUGAGAGGAUUCUAGCCGAGUUUGGACGCGGGUUCGGACGCGCGCAGCCCCUCUUCAGUUUCAUCGAUGUUGGCUCUGGCAAGGAAUCCGCCGACCACAAGAUCCGCGAGAUGCUCCGUGUGAUGGUCCGCGUCAAUCAGUGCAGGCAUAUCUUCUUCGCGCCUUGUCACGAUAACGGAUACUUGCCGGUUCUUCAGCCUUACAACUUGGACCAUAGAGUGGUCGGAAAGUUGACCCUAAUCGAGACAACACCGGCCGAAGUGGGAUUCAAGCGGCUUAACUUUCCCAUAAUCAGCUUCAAGUCUGUAUUCAUGUCGGAGAAGCUGCCCGAGCGAGUCCAUCGACCGGCCAUUGGGGGCAUCCCAUCAACCCUCGCCGUUCCGACUGCUGUUCCCGUUCAGCCGCUGGCGAGCGUGACCGGCACCGACUCGAACAACAACGACGUACCCCCGAGGUCCACGGCCAACAAGCCUCCUCGCGUAAGCAGCCCCCGGUUGAGUCACCCGCAGACGCCUAAUCAGUGGUCUGCGGUGGGCAAAGCUUCGUCGGCACCCAAGAAGGUCGACGUCUCAAAUACCAAUAAGGCCCAGACCCUCAAGUACUACCUACUCAACCAGGAUAGCCAGCGCGUCGACGAACCGCUGCCCAACACACAUCACGCGGUAGAGAAGAACUCCAGGGGACGGGUGACCACAGCUGAAAAGUUGUGCAACAACUACCAUCUCCGCAACGAUUGCAAAAAUCCAUGGUGCCCCUACGUCCAUGGAGAGAAGCUGAGCCCGGGAGAGCUGCUGCUGCUGAAGCAGAGGUGCCGAGGUAUCCCAUGCAGUACAGGUUCAAUUUGCAGUGACUUUAGUUGUAUCUUCGGACAUGGUUGCAUGUGGACUUGCAACGCCAAUAAUUGUCGUUUCAAAUCUUAUCACGGCAUCAAUAAAGAACCGCGAGUCCGAGUUUUUGAGGACGGUAGCAGUGAGAUUUUCAGGAAGCUUUAAGGCUUUCUUAACUACCAAUCUAUCGACUUCUGUGGAGAAGGGAAUUGUCUUCGGUCCAACACUUCCCACAAGGCCUGCUAGCUUCGCCGAUCAAAAUCUAGAAUGUCUACGUACAUAGGACAUUGGUGAGAGUUAUAGCCUUGAACUGGCGUUGAGCAUAUAAGCUUUGUGACAUCGAUGCCUACCUAUCCAAGAACAUUCAUCAUUUAGUAAGGCUCUCGGCAUGAAGCUGUCAGGCAGCGCUCCCGCUUAGCCAAUUACUUCGCCAACCAUUCCAAGUCAACUAGUCAAAGUGAGGCCAACACCACUACCCGACUCAGCAAUUGUAUAACCCCUCGAUUGAUUGAAAUAUUUGUGGUUUGCGUAUAUCGCAGGGAGCAAGGUUGCCACUAUUCACAACGCAGAUAUCGUCGAUCUGCUCGUGAUGAAUUUCGUGGUGGUUGUUCUUGUUAUUAUCUAGGCCUGCCGAAGGGCAGGCACGAAUCUGGCGAUUGCUGCCACAAGGGACAGGAUGCCCAAGAAUCCAACAGUGCGCGCAGACACGACGGCCGAGUAGGAAAGCGUAAAAGAUUACAGGUUGAACAG